AUGUUGAAUAAACUCUGGCUUGCCAAGUUUCUGUUGAGAGAUCUGCAGUUAGCCUCAUGGGUCUUCCCGUGUUUUGGGCGUAAAGAUGUGGUUGAAUAUUUGCUUCAGAAUGGUGCAAAUGUCCAAGCACGUGAUGAUGGAGGGCUUAUUCCUCUUCAUAAUGCAUGUUCUUUUGGUCAUGCUGAAGUAGUCGGUCUCCUUUUGCGACAUGGUGCGGACCCAAAUGCUCGUGAUAAUUGGAAUUAUACUCCCCUCCAUGAAGCUGCAAUUAAAGGAAAGAUUGAUGUUUGCAUUGUGCUCUUACAGCACGGAGCUGAGCCAACCAUCCGAAAUACAGAUGGAAGGACAGCGUUGGAUUUAGCAGACCCGUCUGCCAAAGCAGUGCUGACUGGUGAAUAUAAGAAAGAUGAACUUUUGGAAAGUGCCAGGAGUGGCAAUGAAGAAAAAAUGAUGGCUCUUCUUACACCAUUAAAUGUCAACUGCCAUGCAAGUGAUGGCAGAAAGUCAACUCCAUUGCAUUUGGCAGCAGGAUACAACAGAGUAAAAAUUGUACAGCUGUUACUGCAACAUGGAGCUGAUGUCCAUGCUAAAGAUAAAGGUGAUCUGGUGCCCUUACACAAUGCCUGUUCUUAUGGUCAUUAUGAAGUAACUGAACUUCUGGUCAAGCAUGGUGCCUGUGUAAAUGCAAUGGACUUGUGGCAAUUCACUCCUCUUCAUGAGGCAGCUUCAAAGAACAGGGUUGAAGUGUGUUCUCUUCUCCUAAGUUACGGUGCAGAUCCAACACUGCUGAAUUGUCAUAAUAAAAGUGCUAUAGACUUGGCUCCCACACCACAGUUAAAAGAAAGAUUAGCAUAUGAAUUUAAAGGCCACUCGUUGCUGCAGGCUGCACGGGAAGCUGAUGUUACACGAAUCAAAAAACAUCUCUCUCUGGAAAUGGUGAAUUUCAAGCAUCCUCAAACACAUGAAACAGCAUUGCAUUGUGCUGCCGCAUCUCCGUACCCUAAAAGAAAGCAAAUAUGUGAACUCUUGCUAAGAAAAGGAGCAAACAUCAAUGAAAAGACUAAAGAAUUCUUGACUCCUCUACACGUGGCAUCUGAGAAAGCUCAUAAUGAUGUUGUCGAAGUAGUCGUGAAACAUGAAGCAAAGGUUAAUGCUCUGGAUAAUCUUGGUCAGACUUCUCUGCACAGAGCCGCACAUUGUGGUCAUCUGCAAACCUGCCGCCUACUCCUGAGCUAUGGGUGUGAUCCUAACAUCAUAUCCCUUCAGGGCUUUACUGCCUUACAGAUGGGAAAUGAAAACGUGCAGCAACUUCUUCAAGAGGGCAUCCCAUUAGGCAAUUCAGAGGCAGACAGACAAUUGCUGGAAGCUGCAAAGGCUGGCGAUGUAGAAACUGUAAAAAAAUUGUGCACUGUUCAGAGUGUCAACUGCAGAGACAUUGAAGGGCGUCAGUCUACACCACUCCAUUUUGCAGCUGGCUACAAUAGGGUGUCUGUGGUGGAGUAUCUGCUGCAACACGGAGCUGAUGUGCAUGCUAAAGAUAAAGGGCAAGUACCAAGAAUUGCUGUGGCCUCUUUUCCUUUAUCUGACCUUUCUAGGAAAGCAGAUGAUGUUAGCGCUCUCCUGACAGCAGCCAUGCCCCCUUCUGCUCUGCCUUCAUGUUAUAAACCUCAAGUGCUUAAUGGUGUGAGAAGCCCAGGAGCUACCGGAGAUGCUCUGUCUUCAGGUCCAUCCAGCCCAUCAAGUCUUUCUGCAGCCAGCAGUCUUGACAACUUAUCUGGGAGUUUUUCUGAACUGUCUUCAGUAGUUAGUUCAAGUGGAACAGAGGGUGCCUCUAGCUUGGAGAAAAAAGAGGUUCCAGCAGUAGAUUUUAGCAUAACUCAAUUUGUAAGGAAUCUUGGGCUUGAGCACCUGAUGGAUAUAUUUGAGAGAGAACAGAUCACCUUGGAUGUGUUAGUUGAGAUGGGGCACAAGGAGCUGAAGGAGAUUGGAAUCAAUGCUUAUGGACAUAGACACAAACUAAUCAAAGGAGUCGAAAGACUUCUCUCUGGACAACAAGGUCUUAACCCGUACUUAACUCUGAACACCUCUGGAAGUGGAACAAUUCUCAUAGAUCUAUCUCCUGAUGAUAAAGAGUUUCAGUCUGUGGAGGAAGAGAUGCAGAGUACAGUCCGAGAGCACAGAGAUGGAGGUCAUGCAGGUGGAAUCUUCAACAGAUACAAUAUUCUCAAGAUUCAGAAAGUUUGUAACAAGAAACUAUGGGAAAGAUACACCCACAGAAGAAAAGAAGUUUCUGAAGAAAACCACAACCAUGCAAAUGAAAGAAUGCUAUUUCAUGGAUCUCCCUUUGUGAAUGCGAUUAUCCAUAAAGGCUUUGAUGAAAGGCAUGCCUACAUAGGUGGCAUGUUUGGAGCUGGGAUUUAUUUUGCUGAAAACUCUUCCAAAAGCAAUCAGUAUGUAUAUGGAAUUGGAGGAGGUACUGGGUGUCCAGUUCACAAAGACAGAUCUUGUUACAUUUGCCACAGGCAGCUGCUCUUUUGCCGGGUAACCCUGGGAAAGUCUUUCCUGCAGUUCAGUGCAAUGAAAAUGGCACAUUCUCCUCCAGGACAUCACUCAGUCACUGGUCGACCCAGUGUAAAUGGACUAGCUUUAGCUGAAUAUGUUAUUUACAGAGGAGAACAGGCUUAUCCUGAAUAUUUAAUUACUUACCAGAUUGUGAGGCCCGAAGGUAUGGUUGAUGGAUAA